AUGUCUGAACAUGAGCGCCAACUGGAACCAGCUCCAGCUCAAUCUCAAUCUGUGAAUGGUCCUUCAGAACAGGAAGACGUUGAUUUAAUGUCCAAUUUCGAUAGCAGGCCUUCUCGCGCACAGAUUGCCCGAUACCGAGAAAAAGGAACUCAACUUCAAAGGUGGAUAGACGACGCGAUGAUCAAAGGCUGUACUGUUGCCAAAGCAAAUCUAACAAUGCAGGAGCUGAUCAACAACCAAAAUCCAGACAAUAACUGGGAGGUCAUCGAAGAUACAUUCGUGAGCUCUGUUGUUCACCUUCCAGAGACAGGGCGCAUUCUGAUGAGACUCCCGAGCUCGGACGAUGGUGCCCACUUCCGACAUAUGAGUAUUAAACGAGAAGCCGCAGACGAGACAAUACUGACCGACAUGGAGUGUGAAUCGUCACAACGUGACAUUUAUGAAAUGACCAUCGGAAAUGGCUUCAUUGCUGGUCACACACUGUGCAGGCGGAAUGGCCCCCAUUGCAAUGAGAUCAUGAGGGCUUUCUACGAACAAGACUUCGGCCUCGAAACUUUGAAAUACGUUGCCUUCACGGAAGUCAUCAAUGCGGAGACAGCACCACUUGUGGUACAUGCACACUAUCCCAGGAGAGGCCUGAGAUUCGAAACCGUGGCAGCCGGCAAAAAACACCAGAUCUGGCCACAUGGUACUCGCGAGUUCCAGGAGAUACUCGGUACAGAAAUCGGCAAAACGGUAGCCUAUCUCCUCUUGUGUUGUUUCGAGAGAGGCACAAGGCGAAUCUCUCAAAUCCGAACUUGGAGUGUGAACAGCGGUUUCUCGCUGUGCAUUGUUUUUGAGAUUGGAAAAGCCGGGGCGUCUGACGCUGACGUGCUCAGGUAG